GCUUGGCUGGUGGAAAGAGGGAGGGAACUCAUGAUGAAGAGGCUGUUGAUCCUGCGAAGGUGCGAGCCGAUGGUGCGGUUCAGCUGCUGCAGCGUGCGCUACGGGGAAUGCCGUCGGAACCAUGCCGCGAGCACUGGAGGCUACGCCAUCGAUGGGUGUCGGGGGUUCAUUGCUGAAGGAGAGGAGGGCACCGGUGGUGCUCUCAAGUGCGCGGCCUGCGGAUGCCACCGCAGCUUCCACCGCCGGGUGCAGGUCUACGAGGUUGCAUGGGAUUACGCGUCUGACACGUCGUCGACCGAGUAGAGAGGUGCUCCAAGCUCGGGCUCCUCCUGCAAUGGCAAAUGCUCAACAAUUCGUCCCCUUCUCCUUUGUCUCCGGCGUCAGGCUGCCCGGUGCAUGUCUAGGACCAUUGUGAUUGUUAGUAGCUUGUAUACCCUGAAUUGACCCCUCCAAAUUCUUAUCUCCAGUGUCCUUGUCUGCCUUCUACUCUUAUAUUGUAAUUUCAAUCAUGCGAGCUCAAAGUAUUUCUUUGUUCUUUCA